GAUAAAUAACAACAUCGCGAAGUCGAGAGUCAGUAAUUUAGCAAAUUAUCACGUAAAAUGACGUCCACCGAGAAAAGUACAAAGACAGAAAAACCCAGCGACAGCAAUGACGAAGACGACCGAACUGUAUUUGUGGGAAACAUAACAGAAAAAGUAACAGACGAGCUACUUUACGAACUAUUCCUGCAAGCUGGACCGGUGGAAGAAAUCUCAAUUCCGAAAGAUCGUGACACGGGAAAACAAAAGUCAUUCGGUUUUGUUCGUUACAAGCACACAGUUUCGGUUCCUUAUGCAUGUGAAAUUUUCAAAGGAACGCGUCUCUUUGGGCGUGACUUGAACAUCAAAUCUCGCAAUCGUGAUGCCAAUCGUGACAAUAAUCGAGGACAAAAUCCCGAACCUCGCGGCUUAUCAUCGCUCGUUCAAGGAUUCCAUAAUAACACGCCGCCGGGAAUGUUACCAUCGAUGCCACAUCAGCAAGUCCCGAACCCAAUGUCGCUUAUCGAUCCGAUUUUCCUGCAAAAUUUGGCAGCUGUCAAUCCUUAUGGCGAUAUGAAGUUCGGAGAAUAUGACAACUCGGAUCAACGAAAUUCGUAUAAGGAUCGCCAUCAGCGACGGAGGAAUGACGAUCGAAGCUAUGACAGACACGAUGACCGUGAUAGACAUCGGUAUGACGAUAGACGAGGAAACGAGCGACGCACCGAUAAAUGGAAAAAUAACCGAAGAUAACAAUUUCUAUCUUUAUUGAUAUUUACACAUUUCUUCUAAUUAAUUUUAAUUAAUCUACAAUUUGCUCCUAAUUUUUUUAACGUAAACUUUUGAGUGCUUUCUCGAUGUUCCGGUAAAUGCGUUGCGGAAUUACAUCGACCAGAAUUUUAGAGUAAUUCGGAUGUCCCGAGAGACUUCUGAAAAUUUCCUUUGUGUAAUUUCGCGUCUCCAAACUGCCUUCCAUCAGGAGAUUCGCACACGUGAGAAUCAGUUUGUCGCGUGUCUCGCGAUUCAUGCUGUAAAUUCGUUCGCCGCCAAUUUUACUCACGAAAGUGUUCAAAAGUUUAGCUGUAAAUACGAAAAUUUUUUUACUCAAUGUAACAAGUAAAUUUUAUAUAUGAAAUUCUUACCUGUAGCACAUUUAACGAGGCUACGAAAAGAAAAAAAAAACAGGAAAAAAUUAAAAAAGUUUUUAUUA